CUCUCCCUCAGCAUCAUCCACGGCGGAAACAUUGAGGAACGCCAUCAAAUCACAAGCGGUUAAAUCCAUCACAACACUUACGAACCCUCAACGAUAAUUUCAAUCACGAUACACACUUAACCCCAUCAGCCUCGUCUCUGCUCAAUCUCGCGGUCCGAAUGCCGAUUUGCAUCGAAUGCAGACACCCUGUGAAGACGUUAUGGAGGGAGGGCGCAGGUGACAAGUCGACUGGACACAACAUCCGAUUGACGGUGUGCAAGAACUGCGGCCGCUUCUGUGACAAAUAUGUCGAGCAUGACUUUGUCGUACUCUUCAUUGAUCUCGUCUUGAUCAAACCACAGGUCUAUAGACAUUUACUUCACAACACCUUGAUGAAAGACGAGGAUGAAUUUGCACCUUCCAUCAUCCGCCUCGGAGUGCUUCUCCUUCUCUUCGAUGUCUAUCUCACUUGGGCACGCAUUGAAAAGCAAUCAGUUCCGACCGUCAACAGUGUAGAUGGCACAGCAUCGCCCGGUAUGAACAGCGCAAGCGUGAGCAACUUUGGUCGUCUAGCGCAACAACCCAUUGUGCUACAGUACAUGUUCUUCCUUCUCCUCUGUACCCUCUCAACCCUCGCCUUCCACGGCUCCAUCCGUUUCCUCACCUCCAGCCGGUACUCUCCUCUCCACCUCCUCGGCAUUCUCCCGCAGUUCAGCCGGCCCAACUCGGUCUCGACCGCGCUUCUCGUUUCGUCUUCCACCAAGUUAUUCCCCAUCCUGAUGGUAAUAUGGGAAUACGACGUUCCUGCGGCGGCGCGAUCGCUCGGCUGGGCCGUGGUGGCUAACAACGUCGAGGCGCUCAAGAUCUUGCUAGACUGCAACUACGGCGUGGCGACGCUGCUGGCGACGGCGGGCGCGCUGAGCCGGUGGGCCAUGGGAAGGGCGAUCUUAUGGGCGGCUGGGCUGGAUGGCGUGGACUCGGUCGGGGAGCAUAGCGUGGCGGAGGAGGGAAGGGUGUUGGGUUCCCUGUUGAUGUAUGCAAAAGAUUGGCUUGGGAGGCUGGCUGUUGGUUGACCUCUAUGGGUUUGGAGUGAUUCUUUGAACACAGGUCACGUCUCUCUCUGCCUAAUCAAGCCUCGGGAAGGUGUAUUUUGCAGUCGUCUGGUCAAAGGAGCAGAGCGAUGCAACAAAGAAUCGAUUGUACUGAAUGUAAAUUUCUCAAACGGCCUUAUCAUCUUUCAGAACGGUGACGGACCACACAGUGUCUGCCGUUGUAGAAGCCAACUCAUCAAGGCCCUCUUUCCCAA